CUGCAGACGUUCCACUCUAUAAAGGAAACCACCAACAGCAGAGCACUCCCCACCACCACUCCCACCACUCCGAGCGGCUCCUCCUGCCUCGUCCUCGCUCCCGUCCCCUCGCCGGCGCCCGAUCUGAGUCAAGAUGAGUCGUGGCGGGAGUGCUGGUGGUGGUCAAAGUUCUCUGGGUUACCUAUUUGGAGAUGGUGAGCCUGCAAAACCUGCUGCAGCAGCAGCUGCGAAGGCCCCACCUGCUGAGAAACCAGCACCAGCAGCUGGUGAUGUAGCCAAGCAAAUUCCAGCUGGUAUUCCAGGCAGCAGGGCGAACAACUAUCACCGGUCAGAAGGCCAGAACACUGGCAACUUCCUUACGGACCGUCCUUCAACCAAGGUUCAUGCUGCUCCUGGUGGUGGCUCGUCCCUGGGCUACUUGUUUGGCGGGAAGUGAUGCUAAUGAUGCUGCUUAAUGAACGAUGAAUGUUCUGUAUCUCUGUUAUCCAUGUGGGAAAAAACUGAAGUGUUUGAUUUCAGCAAUUUACCACCUGUGUUGAUGUACUGUGUUCUGUGUGGUUCAUGUGUCCAAGCUGACCUCCUGCUUGGAAGCCAGCUUGUCUAAAACCUGUUGCUGUCAAGACUAAUCGUGUUGAUAUCAAAAUUGGCGUGCCUACUUACUUGUCUGCUC